AUGAGCACCAAACAAAAGUUGUGCCUCGUAGUGAUGGGACUAGCUGUCAGUGUGUUGAUGUCUAAUUUCCUGUUGCAAAAACAAAAAGCACUUGAUUUCGUCGAUAACAAUAUUAGAAAGCGUGCUUAUACCACAACAAGGAAGACUGCCCUUCAGUCAAUCGUAAAUAAGGAAAUGCAACAAAAUAAAUCAGCUAUGUUUAUCGAUCGGGCGAAAAUGAUUGGUAAUAAAACUAAAGAGGGCAUUGUCGCUGUGACGAUGGUGAAUGAAGCAUAUCUAGAAAUGACUUACAGUUGGUUAUGUAACACUGUCAAUAUGCAUGUUCAUGAACAAGUGCUUAUUGUUGCCACGGAUGAAACAACAUUGGGGAAACUGCAGCAUGAUUGGCCAAACGUCACCUCCGUCCUACACUCACUUUCUACUACAAAGGUCGAGUACAGGGAAGCAGGGUAUAUACGAUACAUGUUAACCCGGGCUUUAUUGGUUCUUUCUAUUCUCGAAAAUAAUGUCACAAUCCUAUUAUUUGAGGUUGACGCUAUAUGGUUUUCUUCUCCUUUUCCAUUGCUCCAGUCUCUAUUAAAAUAUGACAUAGUUGGAGCACAAAUCUCCAAGUAUCACCAGAUAGCAGGAGGCUUUCUUUUAUUAAAACCAGCAAAAGCUACACAAAUUGUUUUCACAAAAGUAAUAGACAAACUAAAUGGGUUUUUGGAGACAUAUUCAAAUGUUAAAGACGACAAAAAGUUACCAGAUGGUGAAAAUGAUCAGACAUAUUUACAUGAGGCAAUUAUGUCACAACAAAACUUAAAAUACAAAUUACUGGACUUUAACAUAAUUGAAGACGGACUUUGGUACUCACGAUCUCAUAAUGAUUCAACAGAGACUCGGCCACUUGUAUUAAAUAACAAUUGGGUCAUUGGUAACGAUGCAAAAGUAGAAAGAGCGAAAAAAUUCGGACACUGGUUCCUCCACGGUAACAAUUCUUGUGACUUUGAAAAUGUUCAAAAAAUGACCAGAGAUUAA